AUGAGACACACACUUACAGCUUGCUUCUUGGCCUAUGCGUUAGGCUCUGCCUACGCGGGUCCUAUCGCAGCAGUACCAGCAGAUCCACACAAUGAUCGCUGGCAGACCUGCUACUGGCACGGUAGUUGUUCAAAACAUCAGCAACCUUACUCUUGCCUCCAACAUCCGGACUUUCCGGGUUGCCCUGCUGAAAUGACAGGUUGCGACGCAGACUGCUGUAGCUACUGGACCGGUUUUCAAAACCCGGUAGGAUACGGACACGGUUGUUCGCCAAGUUGA